AUGAGACCAGAGGCGGCGGCUGGAGCCCGGGAGGCUCAGGGGCGCUUCUGUCACUGCCCUGAGGACAAGCCCCGGAGGCCAUUGCCACCGCCCGGGCCCGGCAGCCCCACACCAUGGAGACCGUGGAUCCCCACACCUGGAGAUGCUGAGCUGACCAGAACUGGAAGCCAGCUUGACCCUGGAGGAGACCAACAAACUUUUGGAUCAAAGGGAGCUUUUGGGUUUCAGCAUCCUGUAAGACUUUAUCUACCUGCAUCAAAACGCCAAGAAUACCUGCGGAGUUCCGGGGAGAAAGUGCUGGCCAGUUUCCCCGUGCAAGCCACGAUUCACUUCUACAACGAUGAGUCUGAUUCUGACAAUGAAGAGCAAGAAGAAGAAACCCGCCCCUGCCAUCCUCCCUGCCAGGAGGAAGAAGGUCUGGAGGAAAGUGGCCCUGGGGGAAAAAGCACCAACCAGCCCUUAUACCAACAGUGGCCACCUGGUGAAAGGGGUGGCCUUUCUGGUGAGGGUCAGCUUACCCACAGUGACCCCUCAGGGAACUAG